CCUAUGAAUUUCUAAUGUUUUGAAAAUAUUCUCUCAUUCCUACCUUGAUUUUGAUUAAAGCCCAUAGGUUUAUCUCUCAAAACCAUUUUUCACCAAAUCACUCCAACCCCUUCACCAAAUCUAUAUAAACCCAUUUUCCCUUUUCUAUCUCUCAGCUCAGCCCUCUGUAUCUCUCUCCUCUCUCAGUAUGGGCCAUUCUGCAGCAAAGUUUGGUUUCAUUUGCUCAGUCUCAGCACCAGCUUUGGGGUUGCUCACCAAGUUCACUUUCCCCAGUUUCUUCUUGUCCAUCUCCCCAAACAUCCUUCCAAUCACUCUUUCCAUUGCACUUGUUUUUGCUUUCAUCUUCUUUGCCUUAUCCAAUUCCUCCAAUAAUCCUCCAGGUCCUCUCCCUGUUCCCAUCUUUGGGAAUUGGCUCCAAGUUGGCAAUGAUCUCAACCAUCGCCUGCUCGCUUCAUUGUCGCAAAAAUACGGCUCUGUCUUCCGACUCAAACUUGGUUACAAGAAUCUAGUUGUGGUGUCAGAUGCAGAGCUUGCUAACCAAGUCCUCCAUGCUCAAGGUGUAGAGUUUGGAUCCCGUCCACGAAAUGUAGUCUUUGACAUUUUCACUGGUAAUGGACAAGAUAUGGUGUUCACCAUUUAUGGCGACCAUUGGCGUAAAAUGCGUAGAAUUAUGACACUGCCGUUUUUUACAAAUAAAGUUGUGCAUAACUACAGUGGGAUGUGGGAGGAAGAAAUGGAUUUGGUUGUUUGCGAUCUUAUGAAUAACCCAAAGGUGAAAUCGGAAGGGUUGGUCAUAAGAAAGCGUUUGCAAUUGAUGUUGUACAACAUCAUGUAUAGAAUGAUGUUUGAUACCAAGUUUGAAUCUCAAGAUGAUCCUUUAUUCAUUGAGGCAACCCGAUUCAACUCUGAAAGAAGUCGAUUGGCACAAAGUUUUGAAUACAAUUAUGGAGAUUUCAUUCCUUUGCUUAGACCCUUUUUGAAGGGUUACUUGAACAAAUGCAAGGAUUUGCAGGGCAGGAGGUUGGCAUUUUUCAACAAUAACUAUGUUGAGAAAAGAAGAAGGAUUAUGGCUGCCAAUGGAGAAAAGCACAAAAUAAGCUGUGCCAUGGAUCAUAUUAUAGAUGCUCAACUAAAAGGAGAAAUUAGUGAAGAAAAUGUGAUAUACAUUGUGGAAAAUAUUAAUGUUGCAGCAAUAGAGACGACACUUUGGUCAAUGGAAUGGGCAAUAGCUGAGUUGGUAAACCAUCCAACCGUGCAACAAAAAAUUCGAGAGGAAAUAUCGACUGUGCUAAAAGGAAAGGAAGUAACUGAAUCUAACUUACAUGAGUUGCCAUAUCUGCAAGCCACAGUGAAAGAGACAUUGAGACUGCACACACCAAUACCUUUAUUAGUACCACAUAUGAACUUGGAAGAAGCCAAGCUUGGAGGCUACACAAUUCCAAAAGAGUCUAAGGUGGUAGUAAAUGCAUGGUGGUUGGCCAAUAACCCAGCAUGGUGGAAAAAUCCAGAGGAAUUCAGGCCAGAGAGGUUCCUACAAGAAGAAAGUAGCACAGAAGCUGUAGCAGGGGGCAAAGUUGACUUCCGAUUUUUACCAUUUGGUGUUGGAAGAAGAAGUUGCCCUGGAAUAGUUUUGGCACUGCCAAUCUUAGGAUUGAUCAUUUCUAAAUUGGUAACCAAUUUUGAAAUGAAGCCUCCGAAUGGAAUGGAGAAGAUUGAUGUGAGCGAAAAAGGAGGACAAUUCAGUUUGCAUAUUGCCAACCACUCAACUGUGACAUUCAAACCUAUGACUGCUUAGUCCAGUCAAAAAAGUAAUCCUACCGUAGAACAAUGUCCUAUAGGGUUGACAUCCGAAUGAUGUUUUGUUUCUCUUCCUCCAUUUGAGGGGAGUUGUAUUGUUUAAAAUCACAGAAUGUUUUAAUUAUUGGAGAAGGAAAUAAAGAUAUAAUUUUCAUUAAA